UACAAACUGGAGUAUGUAUAUGGUGACUGCAAUUGUGAUGCUAAGAAGUCCCUCCAAGCUUUCAUCAAUCAAGUUCAAAAAGAAAACGUUUCUGCUUUGUUUGGGCCAGUUUGCUCAGAGGCUGCCGAGGUUACAGGAUUGCUUGCUUCUCAAUGGAAUAUUCCUAUGUUUGGGUUUGUUGGCCAAACAAGAAGGCUGAGGAACUUAUUUUUUUAUGACACUUACAUCAACCUUGUUUCACCAGUGCACCUGAUAGGAGAAGUACUGCAUACAACACUUCAGUAUUUUGGGUGGAAAUAUGUUGGUCUGUUUGGAAAUUCAUAUGAUGCAUUUACAUGGGGUGAAACAGAGGAAUUAUGGACAAGUAUAGAAAACCAACUCAAAGUCAAUAUAACCAUCACAGCAAAUGUGAGAUACAACACAAACAAUCAAAGCCUCCAUAAGGAGAAACUGACUUAUAUAUCAUCUCUUGCCAGAAUUAUUGUUUUAAUCUGCAAUCCUUUGGAUGCAAGAUCCAUUUUGUUACAGGCCAAAGAAUUAGGUAUGACAAACGGACCAUAUGUGUUCUUUGUUCUGCAACAGUCAGCCUACUUUUCGGAAGAGACUUGGAAUCAUAAAAACAUCAGCAUCUUAGAUGCUUACCAGUCUGUUUUUAUAAUAGCUCUUAGAUCUUACAGACAAUAUAAGAACUACUCUGAUUUCAUGAAGGAGCUCCAUGAUACCCUAAAGGAAAAGCAGCCUUCUUACAGUUUAUUUUCUUUACAAGAAGAGUUAAAUUCUUAUGCUGCGUACCUUCAUGAUGCUGUUUUGCUUUAUGCAUCAACUGUAAAAGAAAUGUCAGAAGAAAAAAAGGAUUUCCUUGAUGGAAGGGCAUUUAUCAACACUUUAAAAGGCUAUAAUAAAACCCCUCUGUAUGGCAUCACUGGUCCUGUGUACAUUGAUGAACUGGGUGAGAGAAAAAUGGAUUAUUCUGUGUAUGAUCUUCAGGAAUCUGAAAAUUCUACUCACUUCAUUCCUGUUCUUAAUUUUGAUCAUUACAGAAGGACAUUAAGUCCCACUGUAGAAAUUAAUUAUAUUGGUUGGUCAAAUGGAGAAAUACCUAAAGACAAACCAGUUUGUGGAUUUCACAAUGAGUACUGUAAAAUUCAAGCCACCACUCUGACUGUUAUGAUCAUUCUCCUGAUAAUAACCAUAUUGGGGACCAUAGGUGUGACAAUAUUUACGAAGAUCUAUAAAGGCCACCUUCAAAAGCAAAUCAAUGAUACUGGAUGGAGAAUUAACUAUGAGGAUAUCAUUCUUCUUAAUGAUAAUAAGGAAAAAUAUGAUCUGCCUCAAGCAAACACAUCAGAACCGGAAGAAACAGAAAAUGUUGGGGCUCAUUUGUUUAUCUCCAGCAGUAAUUAUUCUUCACUGAAAGACAAGCAAGAAAAAGAAGAUUUUUUCACUACAGUAGGAUUGUAUCAGGGUUUUCUUGUCGCUAUCAAGUUCAUUGAUAACCAAGCAGAUGCCUUGGUUUGGAAAUCAUCAAUUCUUGAAGAGAUUCAAAUGAUGAAAGAAUUGAGACAUGAAAAUCUGGUGGUCUUCUAUGGGAUAUGUCUAGAAGUUCCAAAUAUCUGCACUGUAAUGCAUUAUUGCAAGAAAGGAAGCCUAAAAGAUGUUUUGUUACAUUCUGCUAUUGAACUGGAUUGGAUUUUCAAAAUCUCUUUUGCCUAUGACAUAGUCAAUGGUAUGUUCUUCAUUCACAACAGCCCUCUGAAAUCUCAUGGAAACUUAAAGCCUACAAACUGCCUGGUAGAUAGUCGCAUGCAAAUUAAGCUGUGUGACUUUGGCUUAUGGGAACUCAAAUACAGAAGAAAAUCUAAAAUAAUAUCAGAAGAGGAGACAAACUAUGCUGAUUUAUACUGGACAGCUCCUGAAUUUCUUAGAAUGGGAGAGUAUCCAUUUCAUGGCACCCAGAAGGGUGAUGUUUACAGUUUUGCUAUUAUUAUGAGAGAAUUGAUAUAUAAUCAUGAAGAUGGUCCAUUUCAAGAUCAAAAUAGGAGUGCAGAAGAAAUAAUAAAAACUAUCAAGGAUCCUAAGUCUUCUGUUCCACUGAGACCCUCGCUUUCAGUAGACAAAUGCAAUUUCAAGGUAACUGAACUUUUGAAGGCAUGUUGGGAUGAAAACCCAGAAAAGAGGCCAACAUUCUCGGAGAUAAAGACAGCACUAAGAGACACCAGCCCUGAUGGCCACUUCAGUAUCUUAGACAACAUGGUUAAUAAACUGGAAAAAUAUGCAAAUCAUCUGGAAGAAGUAGUUGAAGCAAGAACGACCCUAUUAAUGGCAGAAAAAAAGAAAACUGAAACGCUUUUAUCAGCCAUGCUACCUAGUUUUAUAGGAGAACAACUUGUUGCUGGAAAAUCAGUGGAACCUGAAAGCUUUGAAUCAGUCUCCAUUUUCUUCUCAGAUAUCGUCAGCUUCACUAGGUUAUGCUCUGUCAGCUCUCCCCUGCAAGUUGUCACUCUCCUUAAUGACCUGUAUAGUCUAUUUGAUAACAUCAUUCAAAUAUACGAUGUCUACAAGGUUGAAACUAUUGGAGAUGCCUAUAUGGUGGCUAGUGGCCUCCCCAUUCCCAAUGGGGCAAAGCAUGUCGAAGAAAUUGCCACAAUGUCUUUGCAUUUUCUCAGUGCAAUUAUAUCAUUCAAAAUCAGGCACUUACCUAAUGAGAAAUUAAGGGUACGAAUUGGAAUUCAUACAGGCCCUGUUGUUGCAGGUGUAGUAGGCAUCACAAGACCACGGUAUUGUCUUUUUGGAGACACUGUGAACACAGCUUCACGGAUGGAAAGUACCAGCUUACCUCUGCAAAUCCAUGUUUCUAAUACCACAGCAAAUGCUCUUCAAAGAAUUGGUGGUUAUAAUUUACAAGAAAGAGGAACUAUAAGAAUAAAGGGUAAAGGACAGCAAAGGACUUUUUGGCUGAAAGGAAAAGCUGGAUUUGAUAUGCCACUACCAGAUUUCACAGCUGAAGGGAAAUGAGGAGGCAGAAUCUAUAGCUAAGGACUUUACUUGACCUAAAUGUAUUAACUGAAUGUGAUCUCCUAGUACAGUGGUCUUCAAACUUGGCUCUUUUAUGACUUGUGGACUCCAACUCCCAGAAUUCCUCAGCCAAGCAUGCUGGCUGAGGAAUUCUGGGAGUUGAAGUGCACAAGUCAUAAAAGGGCCAAGUUUGAAAACCCCUAUCCUAGUAUUUAGAAAUUUAGUAAAAACACUUUUCUUCCACCUUGUUGUUAACUGUUAAUGUUAAUAUUUGACAUUUAUCUGUAUUUUAGUUGCAUUGCUGUUUAGCCUACAGUUUGUACAUUUUAUAUUAAUUGUCAAACUGGUAAAAGGAGGGAAAUAUAUCUAACAGAUUUCAUUCCAAAAAGGUGCUUUGACGUAGAUGGGAGCAUAAGCAUAAUACCUAUCUGAAGCUCUGUAAAGCAGCUGUCUUUUUCUGUGUUCACGUGGAUAUCUUCUGCAGUUGUUGUACAUUCUUGUUAAAAAAAAAAAAAAACAUGGCUGAUUUAAACAUUUAUAGUCUUUAUGACCUGCACUUGCUCCAAACUUUGAAGUAUCUUUGGGGAAUAGUAUCUGAAACAUAGCACAAUCCUUCUAAAUAGUAAUAUCCUACUAAUUGAUUCUUCAUAAUCAUAUUGCUACCUUUUAGAUAGGCAACUCAAAACAAGUAUAAGGCUCCUUCAUUAGGGUUAGAGCUGUUGUAGGCAUUUAUAAGCUUAUUACCUUCUAGAAUUCACAUUUGUUCAAAACCUAAAUUUUACAUUGUGUAAGACUAGACCCUAAACCAAAUUUAAAUAAAGAUAAAUACCCAUGGGCAAUUAGUAGGAUAUUUUUUUCUUACCUUAAAUUCCUCUUUUCAUCAACUGUUACCAUUUCUGCAUAAGUGCAUCACAACAGAACUGUCACAAAGCCUCCUAUUACUUAUUGAAUAGUAUGUGUAUCAGCACAACAUAUUUCUUGUGUGUUUUUUGCUUUAUGGAAAUAUAUUUGAUGUAAUUUCAAUGCAUAAUAUCAUAGUAUUAGGUAGUGAAGUUCGCUCUUUACACUAGUAUAAGAAAUGGUGUAAUGUCCUGCAUAUUGUCUGCAAAAAGUUUUUUGUAAUUAUUUUUAGAUGACUAUCAAAAUGUACAACUAAGGAAAUAGUCUAGUGAAUCUUAUCAGACACAAUGUGACUUAUUGGAACAUAAGCAAACACUCCUUGAGGUUAACAAUAUCUACUUAGAAAUAAAUUUAUUGAAAUAUGUAUUUUAUUGUAUAGUACAGAUAUCAGUUCUGAACAGAAUUUGAAUUAGAAAUAAAGCAGUGUAAGAUGAAGUAGAAAAAUCUAAAGGUAAUUAUCUCACAAAAGUGCUUUCCCCAAAA